AUGAGCGUAUCUAAAACAGAUUCAGAGCAAUCCGUACCGCCAUUUGAUCCAGACUGUCAUGUGCUACAUAUUCUAGACUUGGUGGAUGAAUGCAUUACACGACAAGAUAUGAUUACAAAGUCUUUAAGCAAGGCUUAUUUUAAUCUUGCACAAACCAAGUAUAUCCUUGGUCCAAGUAGACUCACGCAACAUCAGUAUGACCGCAGGAUGCAGACUCAAAUUCCACUAUCCAUAUCGGUAAAUGAACAAGGGAUCAUGCAGGUCAACUCGAUCCCUACAGAACCAGAGUCGUCAACUCAAUCCAAUACACCACUUCAAGAAACCUGUAUAGAUUCGGAAGAAUCUGAAUCGCAUAAACAGAGUGAAUCGGCUUUGCGACAUCGUAAGAAAAUACAACAUGAACCCAAUCUUCCUACAACUACCAAAGAGAUGGAUAGCGACUCUGAUACUGUAUCAGAUCCAAAAGAAUCCAAGUCAUCACAGUCCGCUGAUACUAAACCAACACAUAUUCGUGAUCCACUUCAUUGGUUUGGUCUACUCGUACCAUCACAUCUACGCGAAUCUCAACAACAGUUUAAAGCAGGACUUGAUCAUCUGAUUCUACUCGCAAAUCUCAAAAGUCAGAUUGUGCAUACUCUUCAAAAAUAUGAGGAUGCCGUUCAACUUCAUGCGCUCGAUACUGCUGCUACUUGA